AUGCAGUCAUCACAAGCAGACCACAAUGCCCUGCACCAGACCUUCUCACUCGGCUCUGCCAGAGGAGAGGUCGACCCCACCGACCUGCCCUUCCGCACCCUGACCGACAACGCCAACAUCGAGGAGUAUGUCAACGAGACCCAGACCGGCGAGAUCAUCAAGCCCCUUCCAUCUGCCAAGGGGAAGACGGAGGACUGGAAGCUGGUUACCUUCAAGAUCGACGACCCCGAGAACCCCAAAAACUGGUCCAAGGCGAAGAAGUGGUACGUUACCAUGGUCGUCGCCUUUACCUGCUUCGUCGUCGCCUUCGCCAGUAGUGUCAUCACAGCCGACAUCCCAGGCCCUGCAGAAGAGUUUGGUGUCUCCCGCGAGGUCAGCCUGGUCGUCGUGACGGUGUUUGUUGUUGGAUUCGGCGUUGGGCCCAUGGCGUUUGCCCCCAUGUCUGAGAUGUUCGGACGUCGCCCAGUCUAUGCUGCCACUCUCUUGCUGGCCGUCAUAUUCGUUAUUCCGUGCGCUGUCGCCCAGAACAUUGGGACCCUGAUCGUCUGCCGUGCCAUUGAUGGUAUUGCAUUCAGUGCACCAAUGACCUUGGUUGGCGGUACCCUCGCCGACAUGUGGAAGAACGAGGAGCGCGGUGUCCCCAUGGCCGCUUUCUCUGCCAGCCCGUUCCUGGGCCCAGCCAUUGGUCCUCUUGCUGGUGGCUACCUCGCUGAUGCGACUGGAUGGCGAUGGCUAUACUGGUUGACCUUGAUUCUUGCAUUCGUCGCCUGGGUCCUGAUCACCUUCACCGUCCCCGAGACCUCUGCCCCGGCCAUCCUCGCCAAACGAGCAAAGAAGCUGAGAAAGACCGAGAACGACCAGACAUAUGUGACUGAGACUGAACUCGAUGCUCGCCCCAUGGGAGAGCGUCUGCGCGUCUUCCUCCUCCGCCCAUUCCAGCUCCUCUUCCUCGAGCCCAUCGUCCUCUUCAUCUCCAUCUACAUGUCCGUCCUCUACGGCCUGCUAUACAUGUUCUUCGUUGCGUACCCAAUCGUCUACCAGGGAGGAAAGGGCUGGAGCGCCGGCUCAACCGGUCUCAUGUUCAUUCCGCUUGCUCUCGGUGUCGUUAUGAGUGCAGCCUGCUCCCCCUUCGUCAACAAGCACUAUCUCUCGCUGUAUGCCAAAUACGGCGGCAAGCCUCCGGCCGAAGCCCGUCUCAUCCCAAUGAUGCUCUCCUGCUGGCUUAUCCCUAUUGGUCUGUUCAUCUUCGCCUGGACGUCGUACCCACAAAUCCACUGGUUUGGACCUGCCAUCGGUGGUUGGCCUGUCGGAUUCGGCUUCAUCUUCCUGUAUAACUCGGCCAACAACUAUCUUGUGGACACAUACCAGCACCAAGCCGCCUCUGCCCUCGCAGCCAAGACCUUCCUGCGUUCUAUCUGGGGUGCUUCGACCGUUCUCUUUACCGAGCAGAUGUACGAACGUCUGAACGACCAGUGGGCUAGCACGCUUCUUGCCUUUAUUGCACUUGCUUGCUGUGCGAUCCCAUACGUCUUCUACUUCAAGGGCGCAUCGAUCCGCCGCUUCUCCAAGUUCGCCUUCGCCGACGACGAGGAGCAGGCGAACGAUGCCAAGGCAUAA